GCCAUAAUCGUGACUCGCAGAAAUCAUGCCGGCGAAAUAGCAGUCAAUUUUGUUGCAAAUUUACAAUAAUAACAGCAGAAUAAUACCAUAAGAUAACUGUAAUCUUGUACUAAUAGUUAUAGUCAAGGUAUACGAGUUGAAAAAUGGCUAAAGAAGCAACAACUGACGUAGAAAUGAAGGAAGCCGGUAGCCCUGCCGAAGCUUCCUCGGAGAAAACUGAACCACCAAAAAAGGAUGUUGAUGUGCUCACUUUGGAAGAUAUCAAGGAACAUGUGAAACACAUUGAAAAGGCUGUGUCAACGAAGGAACCACGCUACAUGAUCAGGGUCAUCCGAGGCCUUGUCAGUCUGCGCAGGAAGCUGAAUCACAACAUCCUCAGGAAAGCCAUCAAUGGUUACUCUCCAGCUGUCUCUCCACAGAAAGAGGCUUAUCUCGGUUUUCUAGAUGAGCCUAUGGAAACGGAUACCGUCAUCACACCCAUCAGAACCAGGUCGGGAAAAGGACAGACACAACUUCUGCCUGAAAUUGAAGUGUACCUUCACCUACUGCUUCUCAUACAUUUAAUAGAUACCAAGCGUUAUGAUGAGGCUGUUAAAUUUUCUGAUACUCUGCUGGAGAGGAUAAUUGGCCAGAAUCGCCGUUCGCUUGACAUUCUUGCUGCUAAGUGCUAUUUCUAUCACUCAAGAGCCUAUGAACUGACUAACCAAUUUGACAAAAUUAGGUCGUUUCUGCACGCCAGAUUAAGGACAGCCACUCUGAGGAAUGAUUUUGAGGGUCAGGCUUCUCUGCUGAAUCUUCUGCUGAGGAACUACCUGCACCACAAUCUUUAUGAUCAGGCAGAUAAACUUGUUUCCAAGUCAACGUUUCCAGAAUCGGUCUCAAAUAAUGAAUGGGCUAGGUUUAUGUUUUAUAUAGGACGCAUCAAAGCUAUGCAGUUGGAAUAUUCAGAAGCUCACAAGAACUUACUGACAGCGAUCAGAAAAGCUCCACAGCACUCAGCAGUUGGCUUUAAACAGUCUGUCCAGAAAUUCCUGAUUGUUGUAGAACUACUUCUCGGGGAGAUUCCAGACAGGGCCAUCUUCAGGCAUGCCACUAUGAGGAAGACACUGCAGCCUUACUUUCAGCUCACCCAGGCUGUGAGAACAGGAAACCUAGCUAAGUUCAGUGAAGUAUUGGAGAACUUUGGACCGAAAUUCCAAGGGGAGCACACGUACACCUUGAUCAUCCGCCUUCGUCACAAUGUGAUCAAGACAGGCGUGCGCAUGAUCAACCUGUCCUACAGUCGCAUCUCGCUGAGUAACAUCGCAACCAAACUGACGUUAGACAGUCCUGAGGACGCAGAGUACAUUGUGGCAAAGGCUAUUCGGGAUGGAGUUAUCGAGGCAACCAUCGACCAUGAGAAAGGCUACGUUCAGUCAAAGGAAAACACCGAUAUCUACAGCACGAAGGAGCCCAUGGCUGCUUUCCACCAGAGAAUCACCUUCUGUUUGGAUAUACACAACCAGUCUGUCAAGGCAAUGCGCUUUCCACCCAAAUCGUACAACAAGGAUUUGGAAUCUGCCGAAGAGCGUCGGGAAAGAGAGCAGCAAGAGCUAGAGAGUGCAAAGGAGAUCGCGGAUGAGGACUUUGAUGGCUUUCCUUGAAGAAGGACUCUAAACCAGCUUGGUAUUCCUAUCAAUUUGACAAUACAGGGCUGCACAUAGUCAUAAUCGUAGGCACCAAAGAUGCUAUCUUUAAAAGAGGGUCACUUUAGUCUUAGUCCAAAUUGAUGGCCUUAACACAUGAAAUCAACUUGGAGAAACAGUUUCCCAACACAGAGAAUCUUAUCUUAGACCUUCCGACAACUUGCCAAGCAGCCUGCCCUGCAUGAUGCAUGGGAAAAUCUUCGCAUGACAAGAAGAACAGCCAAAAUAGUGUUCAUUGGUGAAUCUACUAAAGAAUAAAGUGUCCAUCAGGCCACCUGGACACUAUGACAUCACAGUUUGUCCAACAUAGUUAGAAAAAACAUUCUCCUUUCCGAUGACUGGCCAGCCUGGCAAGUUGGAAGGCUUGUCUGAUUCUCGGCAAUCUGGGGAAUAGAUUCUCCACGGUAGAUGUGAUUGUGGGAUGUUCAUGAUUCAGAAAAGCGACUCCCUUGUAAUAUGAUGGUAAUCAAAAAUAGCAUUUGUUUAGGACCUGGCAGAAUUAUUUCGAUAUAAAAGAAUAAUGUGCUCAUCCUGGGAAUAUAUGAAAACCAUAGCAGACUCACAAUUCUCAACAUCUGCGGAGAAAAUGCCAGUUCUGUAAGAAUAUUCUGGAUGUGUGUAUUUUGAGCAAUUAUAGUUUUGGCUUUGAUGUCAUUGCUUCUAUAAAUAACAUUAGCUGUAAUAAUGGACAACUUCUCAACAAGUAAUCGAAGUUUUGCUGCAAAAAAGGUCAUUUGAAGACUUUUGUGUUCGGAAGGCCUACAGGGCUGUCUUCUGGCUCACUUCGAGUGCCAAGUUCAAGAUGUUUCCACAAACACUUGGGUUCCAAUUUUGUUGAACAUGGUUGUGAUAAGAUUGGAUAUUUGUCUUUUUUUAAAUGGCCGAGAAAAGGUUGGGGAUUUGUGAAUGUAAAAAAACACUACCAAAUAAAGAAAAAAUGUUCAAAAAUUCUUGUUAAUAAAGAAAAAAGUGUACAA